CAAUGGCUUCAAACUCGAUGAACAACAACAAAGAACAUUUUCCCACUUGGACAAGAUUGCAGAACAAACAAUUUGAAAGGGCAUUGGCCUUGUAUGAUGAAGACACCCCAGAUCGGUGGCAAAAUAUUGCCAAAGAAGUUGGCAAUAAAUCGGUGGAGGAAGUGAAGAGACAUUAUGCAAUUCUUUUGGAAGAUCUUAGUAGUAUAGAGUCGGGGCAUGUUCCAAUUCCCGAUUAUGAUUUCUCAGAAAACAUGGAUGAUGAUGAUCAUGUAGAGAGGCAUCCCAAGUAUCUUAGUUUGAAUUGAAUGGUCCUGAGCAAUUCAAAUAUCUAUCAGUAGGACAUACAUGAAGACAAAGAUGUGAGAUAUGUGUAAUUAAUAAUUAUUAAGAAUAGCUUAAUAAUUUAGGAUUAGGACAGAUAUAAGAGAAAUUGGGUUUGUUCUUCACUGUCAUUAUUGUAAUAUCUUCUACUUAUAAGAAAAAAAAGAAAUGUUAGAUAUAUGAAAAGACGGUGCAAGAAUAAGCAAUUUU